AUGCCUGCCGCACCGGGCCUGCUUGGCACCCGCCCGCCCUGCCUGCAACCGGCCUGCUUGCAGACCUUAUGGCCACACCCGCCUGCCCACACCAGGCCUGCUUUGGCACCCGACCCGCCUGCCUGCACCGGGCAUGCUUGGCAGACCUUGUGGCCCCGCCCACCCUGCCUGCACCGGGCCUGCUUGGCAGACCUUGUGGCCCGCCCGCACCAGGCCUGCUGGGCAGACUUUGUGGCUGCCCGCCUGCCUGCACCGGGGUUUUGCUUGGCAGACCUUGUGGCCCGCCCGCCUGCCCGAACCAGGCCUUGCUGGGCAGACCUUGUGGCCCGCCCGCCUGCCUGCACCGGGCGUGCUUGGCAGGGACCUUGUGGCCCCCCCCCCACGCCUGCCUGCACCAGGCAUGCUGGGCCAGCCUCAGACCUUGGUGGCCCACCCGCCUUACCUGCACCGGGCCUGAUUGGGCAGACCUUGUGGCACCCGCCCCGCCUGCCGCCUGCCCGCACCAGGCCUGCGGGCCAGACCUUGUGGCCUGCCCGCAGGCCAGCACAGGCCUGCUGGACAGACCUUGUGGCCCACCGCCUGCCUGCACCAGGCCUGCUUGGCAGACCUUUGGCACGCCCGCCUGCCUGCACCGGGCCUACUGGGCAGACCUUGUGGCCCCCCCCGCCUUGCCCGCACCGGGCCUCUUCGGCAGACCUUGUGGCCCGUCCGCCUGCCCACACCAGGCCUGCUUGGCAGACUUGUGGCACACCCGCCUGCCCGCACCAGGCCUGCUUGGCAGGACUUGUGGUACCGCCCGCCUGCCCGCACCAGGCCUUGCUUGGCAGACCUUUUGGGGCACGCCCGCAUGCCCGCACCAGGCCUGCUUGGCAGACUUGUGAAACGCCCGCGCCUGAUUGCACCGGUCCUGCUGGGCAGAACCUUGUCGGCCGCGGCCCGACCCACCUGACCGCCACCGGGUUCCGCUUGGCCCCCCCAGGACCUUGUGGCCCGCCCACCUGCCCGCACCCGGCCUACCUUGGCCAGACCUUGUGGCCCGCACCCACCUGCCCAGCACCGUGGGCCUGGCUUUGGCAGACCACGUGGCCCCGGCCCGCCCCUGCCCACAGAACCUGGGCCUGCUUGGCAGACUUGUGGCCCGCCCACCUUGGGCCGCACCGGGCUUGCCUUGGCAGGCAACUUGUGGCACGCCCACCGGCCCUGCCCACACCAGGACCUGGCUUGGCAGACCGCGUGGAGCGCCUGCCUGCCUGCCCGACCGGGCACUGA